CUCACAUGAUGCAAACUAGCGUGUUCCUGCCUGCUGCUCCGCUGAAGUUAAUUUUAGCCAGGGCUUGUUCUAUGAGUUGUAAAACUGUUUACCCAAGUAGAAGUUAGCAAGCUGAAAUGUAACUUCUGGGCCUAAUAUGAUAGGUAUCUAUUUUAAACUUCAGAUUGUGUUUAUGAUCCGGAGAGCAGACUUCUGAAGAACUGUGGUUCAGAUUUCCUUUCAAACUACUUAUCUAUCCUUGGGUUCUUUGGAAGCUGCUCUCACUGACUACCCUGGUCCUUGCUUCUUUAACUGUUGUGAUCCGGAGGCUUUGACAAGACAGCUGCCGACACAGAAGAAAAUCACAGCUUUCCCAGAUUGGGAGAAAAAAUAUGGAAUGUAUUUUACUGCUGACUGAACACAACCAAAUGAACUGUAUUGACAGUAGUUUAAAAACCAGUAGUUAGCAGUUUGUUCAGGCUUCAACAUUGUUCAGCACUUUCCAGAACAAACACUGUUUACAAGAACUCUCGGCCUUACGAAGUUAACAACCUCAAGCUUUGUUUAUUUAAAGUAUUUCUGUGAAAGAAAAGUAUCCAGAGCCCAUUUUCCAGAAUGGCCAUGGAUGGGUAUUUGUGGAUGGUCAUUUUGGGUUUUAUUAUUGCUUUCAUCCUAGCAUUUUCUGUUGGUGCAAACGAUGUUGCCAACUCCUUUGGUACUGCGGUAGGCUCUGGAGUGGUGACCUUGAGGCAGGCAUGCAUUCUGGCUUCAAUAUUUGAAACCACUGGCUCUGUGUUACUGGGAGCCAAAGUAGGAGAGACUAUCCGGAAAGGCAUCAUUGAUGUGAAUCUCUACAAUGAGACUGUAGAGACCCUCAUGGCUGGGGAAGUGAGUGCAAUGGUUGGUUCAGCUGUUUGGCAGUUGAUUGCAUCCUUCCUGAGACUUCCAAUCUCAGGGACUCACUGCAUUGUUGGCUCCACUAUAGGAUUCUCACUUGUGGCAAUUGGCACAAAAGGGGUGCAGUGGAUGGAGCUUGUCAAGAUUGUUGCUUCUUGGUUUAUAUCUCCACUUCUGUCUGGUUUCAUGUCUGGUGUGCUGUUUGUACUGAUCAGAAUGUUCAUCUUACAAAAGGAGGACCCUGUUCCCAAUGGUCUCCGGGCACUUCCUCUGUUUUAUGCUGCUACUAUAGCAAUAAAUGUGUUUUCCAUCAUGUAUACCGGAGCUCCAGUACUGGGUCUGGUCCUUCCGAUAUGGGCAAUAGCCCUCAUUUCCUUUGGAGUUUCUCUCCUGUUCGCCUUCUUCGUGUGGCUCUUUGUGUGUCCGUGGAUGCGGAGGAAAGUAGCUGGCAAAAUAGAAAAGGAAGGUGCUCUAUCCCGAGUGUCUGAAGAAAGCCUUGGUAAAGACCAGGAGGUGGAGCCCCCUGUCUUUAAGGAGCUUCCGGGUGCCAAGGCCAGUGAUGACAGCACUGUUCCCCUCACUGGCCCAGCUGGGGAGACUUUGGGGGCCUCAGAGGGCACAUCCACAGGGAACCACCCACGCACUACCUAUGGACGAGCACUCUCCAUGACUCAUGGAUCUGCAAAGUCGCCCAUUUCCAAUGGUACAUUUGGCUUUGAGGGCCACAUGAGGAAUGACGGUCAUGUGUAUCACACUGUACACAAAGACUCGGGCCUCUAUAAAGACUUGCUGCACAAAAUCCAUGUAGACAAGGGCCCUGAGGAGAAGCCAGCACAGGAAAACAACUAUAGGCUGCUACGGAGGAACAACAGCUACACCUGCUAUACCGCAGCCAUCUGUGGUAUGCCAGUGCACACCACCUUCAGAGCCACAGACACAUCCUCUGCCCCUGAGGACAGUGAGAAGCUGGUGGGUGACACUGUGUCCUUUUCCAAGAAGAGGCUUCGCUAUGACAGCUAUUCCAGCUAUUGCAAUGCAGUAGCUGAGGCGGAGAUCGAAGCAGAGGAGGGUGGUGUGGAAAUGAAGCUAGCCUCUGAGCUGUUGGACCCUGUCCAGCCUCGAGAGGACCCCACAGAAGAAGAGAAGGAAGAGGAGGACACAGCAGAGAUCCAUCUGCUCUUCCACUUUCUGCAAGUCCUCACUGCCUGCUUUGGGUCCUUUGCUCAUGGUGGCAAUGAUGUGAGCAAUGCUAUUGGUCCCCUUGUGGCUCUGUGGCUGAUUUAUAAACAAGGUGGAGUGAUGCAAGAAGCAGCCACUCCUGUCUGGCUGCUGUUCUAUGGAGGAGUUGGGAUCUGCACGGGUCUCUGGGUAUGGGGGAGACGAGUGAUCCAGACCAUGGGGAAGGACCUCACUCCAAUCACACCGUCCAGUGGCUUCACUAUUGAGCUGGCCUCUGCCUUCACCGUGGUGAUCGCCUCCAACAUCGGACUUCCCGUCAGCACCACUCACUGCAAGGUGGGUUCGGUGGUAGCUGUGGGCUGGAUCCGCUCCCGGAAGGCUGUGGAUUGGCGCCUCUUCCGGAACAUAUUUGUGGCCUGGUUUGUGACUGUGCCGGUGGCCGGGUUAUUCAGUGCUGCUAUCAUGGCUCUUCUCAUGUAUGGAAUCCUUCCACAUGUGUGAUUUGGUUUCUUCAAUCAGUAUACAGCUAUAGGGAUAAUCUAGUGUGGGUGUGCAGAAGGCGUGCAUACUCACCUCUCUCACUUUCUCUCUCUCUCUCUCUCUCUCUCUCACACACACACACACACACACACACACACACAAACACACACACCAAAAACAAGAGAAGGAAGGAAGGAAGGAAGGAAGGAAGGAAGGAAGGAAGGAAGGCAACUCACCAGCCCUCCACAUACCUUCCAGAUGGCUUCUUGCCACACUGCUUACCCAGGCCACAGAGGUUCAACUUCCAGAGCUAACCUAACUACUGUAGAUAAUAGUAUGUAUCUAACUGAUAUUGUGGUGAUAUAAUGUGGUGCAGUUACUUGUAUUAAAGAUAUAUUGUGUACCUAGGUAGCAUUUUUUUCAAACAUACUCAAGAUGGAAGUGGAGACUAUUGCCUAGAGUUUCAUACUUAGCAAAUGGUAUAUAAUGAUUCAAUGGCAAAAGUUAAGAACUUUUUCAAAGGAAAGUGCAAAACGGUGAAGUUCUUUUUUCCAAAUGGUGUUUUUUCCUUUUAAUAUACUGUAAAGUAAGUAAGAUGCAGGAUACGUAAUGUAAACUUGGGCAGGUUCUCGGGCCCAUGUGUGAUUGCAUAAUGCUGAGGCAGAUCACAAGUGCUUUUCAGAAGAAUGUGUUCAUGAGCUAUGUAUGAGUUACUGUGUAAUAUAUCACAAUUGCUUUUGUAAAUACUUAAACUGUAAUUUUUAAUGGUAUGCUUCCCUAUACUUUUUUGAUCAGAGAAUUUUGGAAAGUACCAAAGAAGCAGGGGACAGAUUGCCAGUAUUAUAUCUUCCUGUUGUCUGUCUCCCCUUCUCAUUGGUCACUACAGUGAGCCUGGUAUGUAGCCAGGCAAGCUCUUACUCACCAGAGCAGUGUGUGUGUUCGAGGCAUCAGCCACCCACUCACCAGCAGCACCAUUGUUGCCACACACCAAACAUUAGUGAGCCCUUCAGUGGCCUUUCACUGUCACCAGCAUGGAGAAUGUAUAGAAACAGGGAUGGUAAUUAAACACUACAUACAUGUCAAGUCCAGUUUCACUAUCCAUCCCUUUUCCUCUCUGCAGCCUGAAAAGUAAAAUUCUUGUCUCAAACAUUAACUAAUACCCGUGAGGCUUUUGGUGUGCUUUGACACCGUAGAACUCCGGGCUGGGAGAGAAACACUAGAAAGGACACUGGGUUUGGGAAUUUCUUUGAGGCCUUCAUUAUGCAGAACAUCAGAUGCUCUCCUAUAGAGCCACUGGAUUCUCUUCUGACAGCGGGAGGGAGACCAUAUGACUAAAAUGUUAGAGCCUGAAACCAUGGCAAUGCUGCUAAAAUUUUUAUAUUGACAUACAUUUUCACGGUGUUGCAUUGUGAUUUUUCAUUAAUCAACCAUAUUAAAUUUAUAAUAAAAAUGCCCCUCAAAAGUUGGCCUCUGAAUUCUUUUUCUGUUAGUCUCCACAAAAAUAAAAGCUCUCUAAUUUG